CACAGCGCCUUCGCGUGGAACGCAUCUGCGGCUUGCGGCUGGCUCCGAGACAUGGCCACACCUCGAGGAAUGCGCUCCAAGUCAAUAGGUCACUACAUCCUUGGAAAAACCAUCGGAGAGGGAACCUUUGGAAAGGUGAAGCUUGGUACGCACAUCCUCACCGGCGAGAAGGUAGCUGUGAAGAUCUUGGAGAAAGAGAGGAUUGUUGAUGUGGCCGAUGUGGAACGUGUGGCCCGUGAGAUCCACAUCUUGAAGCUGGUGCAACAUCCGCACAUCAUUCAGCUGUAUGAGAUCAUCGAGACGCCUCGGCAAUUGUAUCUCAUUAUGGAGUUUUGCCCUGGGGGUGAGCUAUUCGACCACAUCGUGGAGCAGGGCAGAGUGAAGGAGCCAGAGGCAUCUCGCUUUUUCCACCAGAUCAUGGCUGGUGUGGAGCAGAUUCAUCGGAUGAAUGUGGUCCAUCGUGACCUGAAACCUGAGAAUCUCUUGCUCGAUGAGCAGAAGAACAUCAAAAUCGUAGACUUCGGCUUGAGCAACACCUACCAGGAUGGUCAACUCUUAAAAACGGCCUGUGGCUCACCGUGCUACGCAGCCCCAGAGAUGGUGGCCGGUCAACGUUAUGUUCCUUCCAGGUGUGACGUCUGGAGCUGCGGGGUGAUCUUGUUCGCCUUGGUGUGUGGCUAUCUUCCGUUCGAGGAUCAAAACACGUCGGCGUUGUACCGCAAGAUUCUGAACGCCGACUACCAGGCGCCAAAGUUCAUCUCCGAUGGUGUACGAGAUCUCAUUUCAAGGAUGCUCAACACCGACCCGGAGACUCGCUACACCAUCACCAAGAUCAGGACACAUCCUUGGUACCGGCAGAUCCCGGAAGCCUCGCUCUCUGCAGGCCUGGCAGGUGGCAAAAUCCUGCAAGAUGAUGUGUUGGAUCAGCUGGAUCGCUUUGGUUUUCCGCGAGACUAUGCAGCCAAGUGCUUGGAGAUGGGGAAGCACAACCAUGUCACCACGACGUACCACCUCCUUCUGGAGAAGAAGAAACGUUCCGGUGGCUUCCUGAAGGCUCUAGACCACAACACGCAUGCGGGCUUUGAGGGACCGCUCCCGGCGGAUGAGAUAGAAGUACCUGCUGAACGUACACCUUCACCCUACCAGGGGAAGUCAGGUCCUGACGCCGCAGCUGUUGCCAUGCAGGAUGCCGACCGCGCUGCUGGUGGCACUGGAGCUUUGCAUGGCAAGGCAUCAGCCACACCAGAGCCGGGCGUGCCGAACUACGGGAACUGGGCCUUUCCCGGGCAGCUUCCGGGCAACUUCCGGACCGGACAGACCAAGCGCGCGACGGCCAGGGAGGCAAGUGAGGCCUCCACCAGAGCUGAGCAUUCAUAUUCUGGAUCUGGACAUGUGGCGCCUUUGUCCGAGCUGACGCCUAGAGGGGCUCCCACAGCCCGGCAACCAAGCCGCGGGAGCGAACGAAGACCCGACAACGGGUCUCGGGCCGCGCCGGGCAGCGAGACGGAGCGAGGGCGAAAGGCUCAGACGCCAAGAGGUGUUCCCCCAGCAUCAGGCACCCCAACGCCAGGCAGCUACCGCAGUGGAACGCCCAAUCGGCGGCCCUUUGCAGGCCUGGAGCCCUACAGCGCCAGGGAUUCGAGUCGACCGGGCACCUCGCAGGGAAUCAAUGGCCCAACGAGACCAUCGGGCCCUGCGACAAGUCGUGCUCAAUACAUCAACGAGGCGAGAAGGAGGCACUAUGCAGCGACGCCUGAGGCUGGGAUGAACUUGGCACCGGUGUCCACCACGCCCACCACCAGCAGUCGAGGUCUACGACCUGCAGAGGGUGCAGCUGCCACAGCAGCUUCGGUGGCGGCAGAUCUCUUUGGGGGCCAGGCCUGGACUGCCGUUGGAACACGCUCCGCUACGCCGGAGAUGACGCAGCAAGAUCGAUCAGGUCGCACCCCCCCGAAAGAUCGCGACGAAUCGAUGCGCACGUGCCGCGGGGCCUUCAACGUGGCGUGUACCACCUCUAAGGCUCCGAAACAGAUUAUGCAGGAGAUUCAAAAGGCGCUGACCCUGCAGCGUGUGGCCUUCAAACAGGCUCCGAACGGGUUGAUUCCUUUGCACAGCGCAAGAUGUUUUUCUCUGUGGUAA